AUGUCUCCCUUUCAGGACUUAAGAUUGGUUUUGGAAGCGCUGAACCAAGAGUGCACUUUUUCUGAAGGAGAUACUAUUAUAGGCACUUUAUCUUUCUAUCUGAACAGUGACACCACAGUGAAGAGCAUUUCAGUGAAGGCUAAAGGGGACGCAAACGUGGAUUGGACGGAAGGAAUUGGAGAAGAUAAGAAGACCUACUCUGCGCACGAGAGAUAUCUUAAAAUCAAAGAGGACUUGGUUGCAAAAAAUGCUGGAGGCACUGUGCUCCCCCAAGGGGCCCAUAAUAUCAAUUUCACACUCAAAAUCCCUCAGGGGGAAAUGCCAUCGUCCUUCAAAGGGGAAAAUGGAAAAAUUGUGUACAUGGUUGAAGCAAAAAUUUCCAGAAGCUGGCGAUGGCCUUCAUCAGUAACAACAGAGAUCAAGUUUGUUUCCAAGACUUUUCCAACAAUUCAACAAGCCAUGCUUCCAUUAUCUGGUUCAGUGGAUAAAGAGUUGGGUAUUUUCUCCAAAGGACAGCUCCAAAUGACUGCUUCAGUUAACCGAGGAGUUUGCUUUCCAGGUGAAACAUUGUCUGCUUAUGCCAGAAUCCGCAACUCCUCUUCAAAAACCGUGAAGCCCAAAUUCAGUUUACAUAUGAAGACUGUGUACAGAGCCAGCGGUAACACCAAGACCAGUGAUAAAGUCAUAUUUAAAAUGGUUGGAGACACAAUCACUCCAAGGUCAGAGGUGACGGUUCCCUGUGAAGUGAAGAUUCCUGUUGAUGCUGUCUACACUCUCCAUAACUGUCAAAUCAUCUCAGUUGAAUAUUACCUCAAGGUGUAUUUGGACGUCAGCUUUGCUUUCGAUCCAGAGGUGGUGUUUCCACUCUUCAUUGUUCCGUCAAACCAUGUCCAUGCUCAGCUCAAUGAGGAAGUGGGGCACAUCUGAUCCUGCAAGAGCUCCAAGUGACAGCAACU